AUGUGGGAGCUGCUGAUGCUCUUGGUGCUCAGCUUCACCUACUUCUUUUGGCCCAAGCUAAAGUCUUCUGAUGUUAAAUAUCCCCAAAGUCUCCCAUCACUACCCCUGGUUGGCAGUCUGCCAUUCCUGCCCAGGCAUGGAGAGCAACACGUGAACUUCUUCAAGCUGCAGGAAAAAUAUGGCCCCAUCUAUUCCUUCCGGCUGGGCACCAAGACUACAGUGAUGGUUGGCCAUCACCAGCUGGCCAAAGAGGUGCUGAUCAAGAAGGGCAAGGAAUUCUCUGGGCGGCCUCAACUGGUAACUCUUGACAUCCUGUCGAACAACCAGAAGGGCGUCGCUUUUGCCAGUCACGGAGCCUGGCAGUUGCAUCGAAAGCUAGUGCAAGCCACCUUCGCCCUCUUCAAGGAUGGCAGCCAGAGGCUGGAGAAAACCAUCUGCCAGGAAAUCAGCUUACUGUGUGAUUCCCUGGCCACCCUGGAUGGACAGUCUAUAGAUAUGUUUGAGCUCAUCUUCCUGAUGGUGACCAAUGUGAUCUGUACCAUCUGCUUCAACUUAUCCUACAAAUAUGGAGACCCGGAAUUAGAGAUCAUGCAGAAGUUCAACAUGGGCAUCCUGGAUUCCUUGGGCCAGGAGACUAUAGUAGACAUAUUCCCUGUGUUGAAGAUUUUUCCCAAUAAAACCUUGGAAAAGUUGAAGGAAAGUGUGAAAUUUCGGAAUGAACUUCUGACUAAAAUCUUGGAAAAAUACAAGGAGAACUACACUGGCGACUCUACCACGAGCAUGAUGGACGUACUAAUCCAAGCCAAGACGAAUUACGCUGACUCUGACUCAAAUUCCACUCUGCUUUCUGAUGAGUAUAUUCUGGCCACCAUCAACGACAUCUUUGGUGCUGGGGUGGCACCCACCACGUCUGCUAUACAGUGGACAAUCGCCUACUUGCUGCAUUGCCCACAGCUGAAGAAGAGGAUCCAGGAGGAGAUUGACCAGAAUGUGGGUUUCAGCCGGACACCAAAUAUCAGAGACCGGAACCACCUCCUGCUGCUGGAAGCCACCAUCCGUGAGGUGCUCCGUAUCCGGCCCAUAGCCCCGCUGCUCAUCCCCCAUAAGGCUAUGGUUGACUCUAGCAUUGGCACUUUCACCAUUGACAAGGGCACGGAUGUCAUCGUCAAUCUGUGGGCACUGCAUCACAAUGACAAGGAGUGGGCCCAGCCUGACCAGUUCAUCCCUGAGCGUUUCCUGGACCCAACCCAGAGCCAUCUCAUCACUCCCUCCCAAAGUUACAUGCCUUUUGGGGCUGGGCCCCGCUCCUGCCUGGGAGAGAUGCUGGCCCGCCAGGAGAUAUUCAUCACCAUGGCAUGGCUUCUGCAGAGGUUCGACCUGGAUGUCCCAGAUGAUGGGAAACUGCCAUCUCUGGAUGGGUCACUCAAGGUGGUCUUUCUAACCGAGGCCUUCAAAGUGAAGGUCCAGAUACGCCAGGCCUGGAAGGAAGCCCAUGCUGAGGAGAGUCUCUGA